AUGGCGCUCAAGGUCCAAACGGCCGUCGUUCAGUCCAAACAGCCUUCCACCUCGACCCGGGUCCCUCUCGCUGUAUCGCGCUCUCAGCCAGUACCGGAGCUGCCGACCCCUUACCAUGUCCUCGUUCGCGUCCGUGCCGUGGGGCUGAACCCUACCGACUUCAAGAUGAUCACCCACUUUUUUAUGGAAGGGAACACGAUUGGCUGCGACUUUUGCGGCGUUGUCGAGUUCGCUGGGCCAUCUGCGCUCUACAAGCCUGGCAGGCGCAUCUGCGGCGCCGACUUCCCUUACCGACCGAACAAUCCUUACAGCGGCGCCUUCUCUGAGUAUGCCGUGUGUGACUCGCGCCUGGCUCUCGCGGUCCCUGAGGAUUGGAGCGACACGCGGGCCGCCGCACUUGGCGCUAUCGGAUGGGGCACUGCCUGUCUGGCCAUAUCUCCCGCGGAUGCGUUGGGCCUGCCGGGACGGCCGUCGAAGCCGGCUGAGAAGCCGCUGCCGGUGUUGGUGUACGGCGGAGCUACCGCCACGGGCAUCAUAACCAUCCAAAUGCUGAAGCAAUCAGGCUACGCGCCCAUCGCCGUCUGCUCGCCCAAGUCGGCGCCACAGGUGAUUAGUUACGGCGCCAUCGGAACCGCUUCGUACACGUCGAAAAGCUGCCUGGAGGACAUCAAGAAGCUUACCGGCGGGGUGCCCAUCAAGCAUGCGUUCGACUGCAUCACGGAUCCGGAAUCGGUCGCAACGUGCUUCGGGGCGCUUUCGCGGGUGGGCGGGCGCUAUGCUUGCCUCGAGGACUGUCCGCAAGGAUGGCGCACACGUCCGUCGGUCAAGGUCAAGGUGGUGAUGGGGUUUGAAGCCCAAGGGGUCGACGUUGACCUCGGCCACCCCGUUUACACGCGCAAGGCGAACAUGGAUCUACACGCCCUCGCAUCGGAAUGGCGAGCUGAGAUGCAGUCGCUGCUGGACCAAGGCCUGAUAACGACGCAGCCCGUCCGCGAGUGCGGCGAGGGAUUCGAGGCCGUCAUCAAGGCAGUCGAAAUCCUACAGCGCGGGGAGUCGAAAGGGCAGAAGCUCGUAGUUACCAUUUCGAGAAGCUGA